AUGAAGAGGAAAAGAGAAAUGGAGAAAGCUUCAGAGCUCAAAUCUGCAGCUGAGGAGCUUUCGUUAAUGGCCAUCAUAAUCAAACCUGAUCACCAUGACCCUAAUCAUGAUAAUGAUGGUGAUGAUGGCCAUAACUGCAGUGAUGGCCAUCCUGCAGCUACAAUACCCACAAGGCCUUUUCUCCAUGUCUGCAGCUUGGUCGUCCAGAUUCUUGAUAAGAUUGGACCAACAAUGGCUGUUCUUAGACAAGACAUUAUUCAUAAUAUACAGAGACUGGAGGCCCAAUGUGAUGUUGAUCCUUCACUCUAUUCAAACUUGGUUGAGAUCUUGAAGAAAGAAUCAAAGGAAGGCAGUUCCAGAAAGAGAGACAGUUGCAGCAAAGCCCUUCUCUGGCUCACAAGAUCUUUGGAUUUCAUGAGCAGUUUGUUGCAAAAGCUGGCUAAGGAUCUUAACCAGGACAUGGAGCAAGCUGUGGAAGAGUGUUACAACACCAGUUUGAAACUAUGGCACGGAUGGAUUUCGUCAGCUGCAUUCAAAGUGGCUCUCAAACUUGUACCUGACAACACAACCUUCGUCGGCCUUCUGAAGCCGAAAGAUGAAGCAAAUGAUGAAAUCUUGAAAGAGGAUCUGAAGGCCUUGAUCUCAUUGCUUGUACCUAUUCUACAAGACAUCCAUGCUACUCUGAGGUUGUAUGGACUGGACAGACUGAAGGCCACUUGA